UGCGCAACUAGCCAGAGUGAAGGGAGCCCAGCUUGGCCUCCCCACUGAGAGGGGGCGGAGUUGCGGUGGGGAUACCCGACGCCUUUCCGAGCAUCUGUAGCGACGCCGCAACCCUCCUCCAGCGAGCCCUCCGCACCGUCCCUUCCAAAGCCAACCAACCACUUGGAGAGACCCGCUGCUCACCAGUAUCGCCAACCGAAGCUGCCCUCCGGCUAAGCGCAAGGCGAGUGCGACAGCUGACGUAGCCCUUCUCCAUUGGCCCCGGCCGGCAGCACAUGCUCAAGACAGCUAUAUAAAGACACCCCGGCCUGCACCCUGGUUCUCCGGCUUCGCUUGGUGCCUUUCUGUCAGCUUCCUUGCCUCGGAUCUUCUCUUUCCCAGCGGAGCGACUCUUAGCAUCUCCGAUUCGGCGCAAUGGCUAACAUAGAACCUUUCUUAGGCAAAUGGAGCCUGAUCUCCAGUGAAGGUUUUGAGGAUUAUAUGAAGGAAUUAGGUGUGGGUAUGGCGAUGAGAAAGAUGGGAAAUAUGGCCAAGCCAGAUGUUAUCAUCACCAGGAAUGGUGAUACUUACACAGUCAAAACUGAAAGCACUUUCAAGACCACAGAAUUCAACUUCAAGUUAGGUGAAAAAUUUGAUGAAAACACAAUAGAUGGUCGAAAAACUCAGACCCUCAUCACUUUAGAUGAUAACAAUGCAUUGAUCCAGGUCCAGCAGUGGGAUGGCAAAGAAACCACAAUAACAAGGAAGAUAGAAGAUGGGAAACUGAUAGUUGAAUGUGAAUUGAACGGUGUCAAAUGUACUCGUGUUUAUCGAAAAGUAUGAAGAACUUGAUGUCUAUGUUGGAGAGUGGCAGAUCAUUCUCGAAAGAGGACUAGUCCAUAUUUUUUUCUUUCUUUUUCUUUCUAAACUAGAUAUUUUUAAAAAAAAAACCAUCAUGUGCAACAGUGUUGUAUGCAAUUUAAAGUCUUUGACGACAAUGAUUAAAUUUUAAAAUGUCAAAAGAGAUAUUGUAACUGUGUUAUUAGUUGUGAAAUAUUUCCCUUGCCCUUUUAAGAAAGUUUAGGAAAUUGAAAUUAGAUAAAUCAAAUGGUAGGAAAAGUGUUAAGAUAUAUUCACAAAAGUAUGCUGGGCACAAAUAUAAUGUGAACAUGUAUUUUUCCCUGAAAGCAGACCUCAUUAGUUAAGAUUAUUACACUGCACUAAGUAAUUACAUAACUUGUUUCUAUUUGUAAUAUGAUACUGAAACUUGCCAUUGUGGGUUAUUCAACAAACAUGAUUAAAUGAGGCUAUGAUUUAGAA